AUGCUGAAAUUGUCGCGAUCACUGGCUGCACAUAACCCGAUUACGGUACACUGCUCAGCUGGAAUUGGGCGGAGUGCAACGUUUGUUGCAAUCGAUUACGCAUCGCUGAAGGUUCGUGAGAAGGCAGACGCUUCGAUGGUUGACGUCGUCAGAGACAUGCGUAAUCAACGAUAUCAGGCCAUUCAGUCGGCGAUCCAAUACGUCUUCCUUCAUAUUUGCGUACUGGAAAUAUUCGCCACUGACAACGCAAUUUCAAGGGAUGCUAAAUUUAAUGAUUAUAUGGAGAGCUACGUGUCUAUGAUUAAACGCUAUAACAAGAAGGUGGAAGCAAAGCAACGUGAGCGUGAAAAAACUGAAGAGAAG